AUGGAAUUACCUGGGCUUUUUAUUUACUUGGAUCGUGUAUGCACCGGGUGGGAGUUGACUGAUUUUGACUGCCCUUACGAUUGUUGCCUCGACGAAAACGGAUUCGUUCGAUCGUUACCGGAAAUGGAUUGCAAAGCGGAAGUGAAGGAUUUAAUAGAUCGUUUGCUCGUGGCGGAUCCUGUCAAAAGGUUGAGAUCUUUGUCGGCACUCAAGAGAACGUCUUUUUUCAUGAGAUUCGAUUUCGAGAACGUUUUGAAAAAAGUCGUGGAUUUAGAUAGAUUGGAAAUACGCGAGAAGAAAUCCGGGGAAAUAACUUCGACGUGA